AUGCUGGCUCUCCGUAAUCAGAUAAAAAGGAUUGGAUUCAGGUGUUUGUCAGGUUGGUCAGAAGGAGUCCGUAGUCAGACUAAACUUUCCGAAAGCGUUUAUUCCCGGGAAGAAAAACAUGGGGCUCACAAUUACCACCCUUUACCAGUAGCUCUGUCUAGGGGCAAAGGUGUUUACGUAUGGGAUGUUGAUGGGAACUGCUAUAUUGAUUUUUUGAGCGCUUAUAGCGCAGUAAACCAAGGGCAUUGUCACCCACGUAUUAUCGACACUCUGAAAGCUCAGGCAGAGCUGUUAACCUUGACUUCACGUGCUUUUUAUAACUCUGCCUUGGGAGAAUACGAGGAAAUGGUUACCAAAAUGUUCGGAUACGACAAGGUUUUGCCUAUGAAUACCGGUGUUGAAGCCGGUGAGACUGCACUGAAGCUUGCACGAAAGUGGGCUUACAAAGUAAAGAAAAUUCCUGAUGGACAGGCAAGAACAAUAUUUGCUGAGGGGAAUUUCUGGGGCCGCACUCUGGCUGCAUGCUCUUCGUCAACUGACCCCAGCUGUUAUUCAGGAUAUGGACCAUUCAUGCCAGGUUUCGUAACUAUCCCUUACGAUGAUUUGAAUGCACUAGAAGCUGAAUUAAAAAAUCCAAAUACUUGUGCAUUUAUGGUUGAGCCAAUUCAAGGUGAAGCUGGUGUUCGUACACCAUCAGAUGGUUACCUAAGAGGAGUACGAGAAUUAUGUACAAAAUAUAAUGUAUUAUUUAUUGCUGAUGAAGUUCAAACUGGAUUAUGCAGAACAGGAAAAAAACUUUGUGUAGACCACGAAGGUGUCCGACCAGAUAUCGUUUUAUUAGGAAAAGCUUUGUCGGGUGGAGUACUACCAGUGUCAGCUGUUUUAGCAGAUGAUUCAGUAAUGCUAACUAUCCAACCUGGUGAACAUGGUUCAACCUAUGGCGGUAAUCCUUUAGCUUGUAAAGUUGCUAUGGCUGCUUUAAAGGUUUUAGAAGAUGAAGGCUUAGCAGAACGUGCACAAAAGUUGGGUGAAACAUUUCGUAAUGAGUUAGGUAAACUUCCGAAAUCCGUGGUUGAAUCUUAUCGUGGUAAAGGUCUUCUAAAUGCUAUUAUAAUACGUCAAGGUUUCAACGCAUGGGAUAUUUGCAUGAAAUUACGUGAUCAUGGUCUACUGGCUAAACCAACCCAUGAUACAAUAAUCCGAUUAGCCCCACCACUAGUCAUCACGAAUCAGGAACUAGAUAAUGCAAAAGUCAUCAUUAGACGUGAUAUUUUGAUCUUUCAUUUCCCUUCUCAAUCAUCUUACGGCUGGAAAAUUGUGAUGUUUGUGCAAAACAACCAGACGGCUUUCAUAUUUUCAAAUUAAAUUUAUUUUCGACGUUUUGUUUCAUUCGGUAUCAUACAAGUAGGCUUAAGAAGAGAGAUUUACAUACGACAGCUAAGUAAUUUCGAUGUAGACAGAAAAAUUUCAUUUGAAAAUGACACCAAAUUUACUACAGUUUGCUGAGGCCAUUGGAAUCAAGUAUUUUCAACCGAACAGAAGGAAUGCAUGAUCAGUCUUUUACACACUAAGAAACAUUAAUUUUGAUUACGCUGAUUGCACAACACAUCCAGAUUAGUAAUUUCAACUCACUGGGCUCUAGACUACAGAGUCAUGUUGAUCUGUAUAUUCAUAAAAACACUGAUAACCUUAAAACUGUACAUUUCUCAGCAUCUAAUUUUUACUCCAAAUUUUAGACGAAUUAUAAAUCAAGUUAAUACAGUUUACAAGGUAG